AUGGUAAGGAAUUGGCAGAAGGUAGCUGCAAUUGGGAGGAAAAGGAUCUCCUUGCAAAGGACCAACAGAGAUGUGGAUGCUGACUGUUGUAGUACAUCAUCAGUGGCUGAUAAGGGGCACUUUGUUGUUUACAGUUCUGAUAGGAGACGCUUCAUGAUUCCCUUGAUGUAUCUCAAUACUGAAAUCUUCAGAGAGCUUUUGCAAAUGUCUGAGGAGUUUGGGAUACAAAGUGAUGGCCCCAUCAUACUGCCAUGUGAUUCAGUCUUCAUGGACUACAUAAUCUCGUUUAUUCAACAUGGUGUUGCAAAAGACUUGGAGAGAGCCUUGAUUAUGUCUAUAGCUUUCAGAAACUGUUCAUCUUCUUCACACUUCCUUCAAGAACAAAAGUACAAUAAACAAGCACUACUAUGUGCCUACUGA